CGGAAAGUGAGUGAAGUGGUCUUAAAUAAUAUUGUAUAAAUUUUCAAUUCAUCCUUACUCAAAAAAUGAAAGUUGAAAUGCGAAGAUACGUGUCACCAAUUAAUCCAGCCAUCUUUCCUCAUUUGGCAACUGUGCUGCUAAUAAUCGGCACUUUUUUUACUGCCUGGUAUUUUAUAUAUAUGGUUUCACGUCCGAAGAACUCUAAAGAAAAAACUUUGUUUAAAGAACUAUUAAUUAGUUUUUGUGCGUCAGUAUUUUUGGGUUUUGGCGUAAUGUUCUUGAUGUUGGCCGUCGGCAUUUACAUAUAAAAAUCGAAAGGAGAGAAUUCGAAAAGAAAAACACCAUACGGAUGACAUAUAAGCAUGGCUUUUAGUUUUUUAAUGCAUAUAUAUUUCAUGAUUUGUACUAACAUAAAGCAUUAAAUAUAAAUCUCUUAACAUGUAAACUUUUUAAACUGUAUACAUUAGAUUGAGAAUCCAAUCGCGAAAAUAGUAGUUGAUUA